GCCUGUGCACACUGGUGGGAAUCAUCCUCUACAUCGGCAGCAUCACCGGGGAGGUCGGCAACAAACCGCGGGCCUCCAUAGAGGAGCCCAAGUUCCUCUACGACUACGGCUCCUCUUUCUUCAUGGCCGUGGGUUCCUUCGUCCUCACCGAGCUCUCCGGCGUCUUCUCCGUCUAUCUCUACAUCUCCAAGCACAAACAGUCGCAGAGGGUCAAGCGAUUGGCGCUCAAACCAGAGCACAACGACCGCAACCACCACCAGGGGGCCGCGCGCCACAUUCGCCGCGCGCCCCGCGACAACUCUCGCGACCGCUCGCAGUCUCGCGACAGAUCCCGAGAGCCGUCUGCCAGCCGGUCGGAGAGCUACUUCACGUACACGCCCAUCUCGGACACGACGUCGCACGAACUGUCCAACUACACGUUCCCGCGGGAGAACACGAACAAUACCAUCUCCACCACCGCAGAGCUGCAUGCGCCGCGGGGCCUGGCCGACAACUCCACCUCCUUCCCCUACACCACGCCCACCACAGCAAUAGCCCCGCCCACCUCCUGCGUCCGGUCGGGCUCCCCGCCCUCGGUCAUGGGCUCUAUAGACAUUGUCCGACGCACAACUCCAGUCUGAGGUCAAGGUCAUGUCAUAGGUCACGUGUUUCUCUAGUUGUACAUAAUGUUCCUAAAAUAAGUACGGAUUUCCCCGUAUCUGUGAGCUCCUGCUGUGACCUCCGCCAUAGACGUGUACAACUACAACAAUAACAUAGAUCAGUUACUGUCAUGGCAGCCCCUCCCUGCUCUCUACCUACCACCUCGCCUCGCUUGACCUGCCAAACAUGAGCGCACAAAGACAGAACAAAACACCAGCCAGUCUCGCUAUUGUCGUCAGAGAACGGGGGAAAAUGUCCAUCUCCACUCCACCCCUGCCCCACCUCUUUUUCUAUUACCUUCCACCCCACCCCCACCUCCUUUUCCACU